AUGCAAAACUUCAGAAGAGACAUCCUCAAGCAGUGGAUGUCAGAAGCGCAAAAACGAACGACCGGGUCCAUCGAAAAGCAAAAAACCGAGAGCCAAGAAGACAUCGACUGUGCCAGUAACGGAGACAGUGACGGAGACAGUGAUAUUGGAGGAUCUGGAUGUAGUGGCAAUGGAGGCGGAAAUGACGAAAACCAAAUUAGUGAACUUGAAGACAUGGGCGAUGGAGACGAUGAACAAAGAACUGAACGAGGAGGAGGAUCACCUCAGUCUAUGUCAAAUGGUUUUCCCGACGACGACGAACGAGUAUUCAAUAAUCGCGUUGGUGAUGAUUAUUUUUGUCACUUGUCCUCUGAAAGUCAUCGAAGAAGUUAUUCACCCGAAGAAGUGGACGAGCCCAUCAAUUCAAGCGAUAUGGGAGAGGACAAUGAUAAUUAA